UUAGUUUGAAGAAACAAGACAGGAGUACAAGCUCAGGAGAAAAGUAAUGUACUGCUGUUGGCAGCAGUAAAAUGUGAGCUAUUUUUAGAAUUGCUUUCUUAACCUUGGUAAUAUUAUUCAUCCACAGCUCUGGAAAAAUCAAGAAAAAACAUAAAAAUGUCAGCAUCUCUGGAUUUAAUAUUUACAGGAUUGUGUUUGAGUAAAGAUCUAUAUUUUAGUUUAAUUCAAUAUCUGCUGACAACAUUUCAACCGCUUUUAUUGAUUAAUUACUUUGAAAGUACAUUUAAUCAAGUAAACAGUUUUGAGGUACUUGUACUGCUUGAGUAUUUCAACUUUUAUGCUACUUUGUACUUCUACUCCAUAAUGCAGAGGUACAAGGUGUACUUUAACUCCAGUAUGUGUUAAAUACCUUUAGUUACUUUGCACAUUUGGAUUAAUGAUGUGAAUUAUAAUCAACAUUAAUCAGACUUUAGUUACACCUGGGGUGAACUCAUGUUCUACCCUGCAGUAUUCAAAGUCAUUAAAACUAGCUCCACCUUUACCAGCUUUGAUAACACUUUAAUGAUCAAUAAUUGUUACCAAAUGUAUAAUAUGUAUUAUCCUGAAAUCGACCAAUCUGCAUCAUGAGUUAUUUUAAUUGUGGUACUUAAUGCAAGAUAUAUAUUUUUUUUAAUGCAAACACUUUUGUACUUUAAUUGAGUAACAUUUUAAAUGCAGGACUUUUACUUGGAACCGAGCAUCCCUACACUCUGGUACAUGUACUUUUACUCAAGUACUUUUCCCACCUCUGUAUGUAUUACUGUACAGCGGUUCAAUAGGUUUGCAGGUGUCUUCAUGAAACACUUCUCCAGGAAAAAGUGGACAUUUUACAAACGCUCACGAAUUCUGGUUUCUUAGCAACCCUGUGUGUUUACAUCGAAGCUACGUUUUUUCGUGGCCUAGGACAGGAGCUUGUUCCAAGUUUAACACUGCAUUUCGUUAGGUUACCAUCAAAAUGUUCAACUUCGAUUUAGCCUCAGACCGCUUAGCAAACACAAGUCUGCAGAGGCGACGCAAUGACGAGACUGAAAGACGAGAGAGGAUUUUUAAUGACAAAGUGAGGAUGUUCGGGGUUGACAAGGAGGCAUUAAACUCGCAGAUGAAAGAAAAAGAGAAACAAGAAGAAGCAGCAAAAGUGGAACAAAACGCUCGUGAUGCUGAAAUGCUUCAUAAUAACAAAGUAGCUUGCCUCCUGCACAGCAGAGAAGUGAAAGAGAAGCGUGCGGUAGCAAAGACCAUCGUCGACUACCGGCUUCAGUACCAGCAGCCUCUGUGUCAGCGCGAUUAUGACCUGAGUGCCCCGGACCGCUGUGGAAACACAGACCCAGGUGACGCACUGAUGAUGCUUCCUGGCCUGUUGGGCGAGGACCCCGACAGUGAGAGCAGGCGACAGAGACAGAGGGAACAGCUCCGAGAGUGGCUCCUCCAGCAGCAGGGGGAGCGAGCAGCAGAAAGGCAGCGACGGAAAAUGGAGGAGCAUCGCUGUGAGCAAAGCAGAGCGUACAUGGACAAAAAAGCUCUGCAGCUUCAGGGCAUUGAGAUGCAGAGGAGAAAAGCAGAAACUGUCGCCACUAAAGAGUACAAUCUGGCCAAGAUAGAAGAGAAACGUCGCCAUGAUGGGGAACGUGAUGUCAGAGGCGGUGUAGCAGGUGCCAGGAUGAACAACCUGCAAGAGCCGCUGGCAGAUGUUGCACUCCAGCACCCCCUAGUGCCUGCUCUGCCUAGCAGUGACAGGAAAGCACCUCUGGAGAACCUGCAGCAGAUCAUCCAGUUCCAGAAAUAUCAAAUCGAGGAGAAAAAGAGGGUGGAAUUAGAGAAAAAGCGAGACGAGGAGCAACGUGAUCGCGUCCGCCUGGACUCGGCUCGCACCGCUCUCUUAUUAGAGAGGCAGCAGGCAAGACUGGACAAGCAGCGUAGACAACGCGUGGACAGCGCGAACGUCAUGCUGGCCCAGACACACAAGCAACAAGAACCGGACAUUGAAAGAGGAAGCAUUGAUGACAGCUUCUUCUCCAAAUUCAACACCUGCAGCAGAUGACCGAUGACUCAUAACAGUGGCUGCUGAUGAUGAAGCCACAUGAGAAGAACACUGAAUAAACUGAAGAGCUGUUUUUAAUCAA